UUGUCAAGGCUCAAGAGCUCACAAGUCUUCCAUUCUUGAGUUUCUUGUUUUUAUUGUGAUUCUAAAAUGAUGAUUACAUCACAUUAAAGUUCAUUCAUCAUUGAAUGUUUUUAUCGAUUUGGUAUUACCAUUAGAGAAGGGAAUCUGUUGGAAAUUAACAACAAAUGGUAAAAAGGUAUUGUUCUCAUGGGUUGGCACUUAAAGGAAUGAUCACUCUAUUGGGAAUGAUCUUUUAUGGUUUUGGAGUUGUGGAGGGCAAGAUGAUCACAGAAAAGAAGAUUUCAGAAUUUCAAAGGAAAAUAAAUCGUCUCAAAAGCCUUGCAGUAAUUAGCAUUCAGAGUGAAGAUGGUGACAUUAUUGAUUGCAUUGACAUCUAUAAACAGCCAGCUUUUGAUCAUCCUGCUCUGAAGAAUCACACCAUUCAGAUGGCGCCGAGUUAUGAUCCAAAAAUGGACUCAGCGACAGAAACAACAACAAGAACAAAUACAUUGAACAAAAGGAAUAAUGAAGACUCUUCUGUGACAGUGACAUCACAACUGUGGCAGAAAAGUGGAAGCUGUCCAAAGGGAACAAUUCCAAUCCGAAGAGUCCAGGAAAAAGAAUUGCUUAAAACAGAUUCAACUGAAGAAUAUGGAAGGAAGAAGGCUACCUUUUCGCCUCCUAUUACGCCGCUUAACAAAGGAAACCCAAACUUCAGCUCAAAUCGCUCUAUGGCAAUACUGCUCACAGAAGGUUUCAGUUAUUCAGGAGUUAAAGGAGACAUCAGAGCUUGGAACCCUUUUGUUGAAUCUGAUGAUGAGUACAGUACUUCUCAAAUUAGUCUGAAAAGUGGCCCUUACUACGAUUUUGAAAGUCUGGAAUCUGGAUGGGCGGUGAAUCCAAGCGUGUAUGGAGAUAAACAAACUCGAUUAUUUGUAUACUGGACUGCUGAUGCAUCAAAGACAACAGGUUGCUUCGAUCUCACCUGCCCUGGCUUUGUUCAAACAAGCAGUGAAGUUGCUCUUGGUGCUGCAAUUUAUCCUCUGUCAGUCCCUUAUGGGCUCCCAUAUCAAAUAACCCUCUACAUCUUUAAGGAUCCAGCCACAAACAACUGGUGGGUACAGUAUGGAGAGAAAAUCAACUUGGGUUACUGGCCCCCCAACUUAUUUACUUUGUUAUUCCAUGGCAAUGCAGAAGGAGCUGAGUGGGGUGGCGAAGUGUACAGCUUAAAGUUAGGGCAUCCAAAUCAUACUAGGACAGAAAUGGGUAAUGGACAGUUUCCUGAUGGUAUGUUUGGCAAUUCAGGAACUGUGAAGAGAUUACGAAUUCGUGAAAAUUCUCUAAUCUUAAAGUUUCCUGAGUGGGUUUUCACUUACUCAGAUGAUUACGACUGCUAUAGAACAUUAUAUGUUGAAGAUUACAUUGAAGAUCCUGAGUUCUAUUAUGGAGGGCCUGGCCGCAGUCCUGUAUGCCCUUGAGAGCUUAGAACACUUGCUAGAAUAUGGUCACUGUGACCUAUAUAGUUGCAUACAUCAAGAUUGAAUGUACUAACUUGUCAAUAACAAGAAUGUAGGGCUGCAAGCUAGGUUGAUGUGCUUGACUUAGUUCAGCUUCUUCAUUCCAGUAACUCAUUGUUCCUAAUUUGCUCAAAUUUGUUCAUGAUCUCCUCUUGAUGAA